AUGGAAGUGGAGCGCCAAGCUCCCAAUGCGGUCGAUGGACAAGAUGAGGACCGAUUGGCCAGUUUUGGUUUCAAGCAAGAACUUCGUCGUGAUUGGGGACUUCUCCACAACUUCGGCGUUUCCUUCUCCAUUAUUAGUGUGAUUACUGGUAUCACGACUCUGUUUUCUUAUGGCUUGACUGUGGGAGGGCCAGGAGUAAUGUCUGUUGGUUGGAUCGUUGUGUCGUUUUUCACAAUGGCGGUUGCCACUGCUAUGGCUGAAGUUGUCUCUGCUAUUCCAACAAGUGGCGGACCUUACUUUUGGGCUGCAAUAUUGGCGCCGCCUCGGUGGUCUGCCUUUGCUGCCUGGCUUACGGGCUGGUUCAACCUACUGGGCCAGGUAGCGGUGACCACGGGAAUCUCUUUCGGUCUGGCUGGCCUUAUUGCCACAGCAGUGACCGUCAAAAACACCGAUUACACCCCGAAGGCGUCACAUACUAUCGGAAUCUACGCCGCCAUACUCGUCUCUCAUGGCCUGGUGAAUACGUUUGGAGUGCACGUGCUCAAAUAUCUCAACAAUGUCUCAAUCAUUCUGCAUUCUGUAGGCGUCACUGCCCUUUGCAUUGCCGUCCUUGCGAAGGCCCCGAUACACCAAACGGGAAAAUUUGUCUUCCAGACAUUUAGUGACGGAACAGGUCUUGACGGCAUCGGUUGGAGCAUCCGAGCCAGCCCAGCUUACGUUGCUAUGUGCGGGGCCUUGCUCUCUCAAUAUACUCUUACAGGUUUUGAUGCAUCGGCACAUCUCAGUGAAGAGACCAGAAAUGCUUCCUGGAGUGCUCCUAUUGGGGUUGUCUCCAGUGUUGGAUUCAGCGCUGUUUUCGGUUUCUUUGUGCUUAUGUCUUUCCUCUUCUCAAUCCAAGACUUUGAGAGCACAGUGUCUAGUACCUAUGACCAGCCUAUUCUUCAGAUUCUCGUCGAUAUUUUUGGCGAGUCGGGAGCUCUUGUGCUGUUCUGCCUCAUCAUGAUUUGUGUCUGGCACUGUGGCCUCUUUAGCAUGACGAGCAAUAGCCGCAUGAUGUUUUCCUUUGCCCGUGACGGUGGUAUUGCGGAGCUCAAUGCACCACAAGAUGUUAUCACCUGCCGCGACGAUGAUACACGACCGCCCUUACGAUCCUUUUCCAUACGAUCUUCACACCAGUAUCACGCGACCUCGGGCCUUACUCAAUGUAUUCCCAUGAGCGAGGCUACAUUUGCGACUGUGUCGUCUGUGUUCACCAUCGGUGGAUUGGUUGGUGCCCUAGCAGCAGGACCUCUCAGUAGCCAUUACGGCCGACUUCUUCCCAUGCGAAUGACAGCCAUUGUUUUCCUUCUUGGUUCGAUAUUGGAAACAUUAGCUAUAUCAGCCCCGACUUUGGCUGUUGGUCGAGUCUUUAACGGAAUCGGUGCAGGAGCUUCAACGGUCAUUGUACCUCUAUACAUCAGCGAGAUGGCACCCAUUAAGUCGCGCGGUUUUUUUGGAGCAUUUACACAAAUAACAGUCAACAUCGGCAUUUUAUUCACUCAAGUGCUGGGAUAUUUUUUCAGCCACGGAAUCGCUUGGAGAUGGAUUCUUGGAACGGGAAUUCUUGUUGCCUUUAUUCACAAUAUUGGCCUCCUACUUUUGCCGGAAAGUCCUGCCUGGAUCGCGUCCCAUCGGGGCGAUUUUACCCGAGCUAGGAGAAUUCUUCAACGGAUACGUGGCAAUGACGCAAAUUUGGACGACGAAGUGGCCAGUUGGCAAGUGAGUAAUGGGACGAUAGACUCCCAGCCUGCAGAGGAGCAGGGCUUACUAGACCACGAUGCCACCGAAAUCGUUGCCGCGGCUCCAAAGACGGCAGGAAGCAGCAGCAAAUCUCGAGCCACAGUGGGAUUUAUACAGGUUCUUCGAGAUCCGAUUUACCGCCCUGCCAUCGUUUCUGUCAUAGGAGUUAUGUUUGCUCAACAGACCUGCGGCAUCAACUCUGUCAUAAUGUAUUCCGUUUCACUUUUAAGGGGUAUACUCCCUCUGAGCUCCGCUCUCCUCACUGUUAUCAUCUCUGCUGUCAACCUCAUUACGACUGUAUCAUGUGCCCCGCUUCCCGACCGAUAUGGUCGUAAAACUUGCAUCCUCAUGUCUAUCGUUGGCCAGGGCACGAGCGCACUUGCUCUAGCGCUAUCCAUCGUGUUUGAAGUUAAGCUUUUGUCUGCCAUUUCUGUCCUUGCUUUUGUUGCCUUCUUCGCUGUUGGUCUGGGACCGGUGCCCUUCAUCUUGGCAUCGGAAUUGGUCGGUCCUGAAGCUGUUGGUGCCACCCAAUCUUGGGCAUUGGGUGCGAACUACGUGGCUACUUUCCUCGUCGCUCAGUUCUUUCCACUCGUCAACACGGCGUUGAAUACUUACUUUGGUGGUGCCGGCUGGGUAUAUUUUCUGUUUUCCACUUUUGCCGUCAUGUCAGCACUAUUUGUCUUCUUCUAUGUUCCCGAGACGAACGGUAAGAAGGACGCUGAUGAAGUAUGGGGGAGAGGGAGGCAUAUUGACUAA